AUGGUCGCGGGAAAGAUUUUGGAGAAGCUGGGGAUCUGCAAUGAUUUAACCAUACUGCGAGCAGUGCUCGAUGGGAUACCUCCACGGAGAGAUUCCAAACUGCUUAUCAAAGAUCUGACAGUAGAUGAGGUACCCUUGAGGAUUUAUCAGCCCAAAAGCCCACCCACUGGCAAAAGAAGAGGAAUUCUGUAUUUUCAUGGAGGCGCUGGCACAUUUGGGAGCAUUAGAGCCUUUGAAAGAGUAUGCCGCCAUAUGGCCAAAAAAUGCAACUCAGUGGUUGUGUCUGUGGGGUACCGUCUGGCUCCUGAACAUCCCUACCCAGGGCAGUAUUUUGACUGUCUCAAUGCCACCUUAUACUUCAUGAGGAAUUUAGAAGAGUAUCACGUGGAUCCUGGUCUCAUCAUCAUUAGUGGUGACAGCUGUGGAGCUAAUUUUGCUACAGUUAUUUGCCAAAUACUGCUGAAUGAUAGAGAUCUGCCAAAAGUACGUGCUCAGGUCCUACUUUACCCAGGACUCCAGGGGCUGGAUUUCCACUUGCCCUCGUACCAGCAGAACGCUUUUGUCCCCAUGUUGCCCCGGAAGAUGGUCAUCUACUUCUGUUUUCGUUACCUUAACAAAAAACCCACAUUUUGGAAAGAUGUUCUACAAAACUGCCAUGUUCCUGAUAGUAUGAGACACAAGUAUAAAAAAUGGGUAAGUGCUGACCUUAUUCCUGAUGAAUUUAAGGUUAGAGGCUACGUACCACCAAAACCCGCAUCAUAUAAACCUGAAGUCCAUGAAGCUGUCAAAGAAAUUUUAGCAAUGACGUUUUCCCCACUUUUAGCUGAAGAUUCCAUUAUUUGCCAGCUCCCUGAGUCCUACAUUGUGACCUGUGAGUUUGAUGUGUUGAGGGAUGAUGGUCUGUUAUACAAGAAGAGACUAGAGGACAAUGGUGUUCAAGUGACCUGGUAUCACUGCAAGAAUGGCUUCCAUGGAAUUUUAGCAUUUUUUGGCUAUGGGGUUUUUUCCUUUUUAUCUGGAAAUAAGAUAAUGGACAGUAUUGUGAAUUAUAUAAACAGUUUAUAG